AUGGCACACCUGCCACUUUCGAUAUGGGAACUAGCUGCUCUUCGCUCUCUUUCCAUUCGCAACCCGGCCUUUCACCCGGGCGUGCAGAGGAAUGCUUACGUGGCAGGCGUGGCUGGGUUGCGGCAUUUGUCCUGUCUGCAGCUGCUGGGUCACCCGGUGCCCGGACUGAUGAUGGCGGCUCUUGGUGGAAACCACCUGGAGACAACAGCAAGGGAUGGGGUAGGAAGGGAUGGGGUAGCAAGGGAUGUGGUAGGAAGGGAUGGGGUAGAGGAACAGCAGCAGCAUCAGCCGCAGGAGGAACAGCAAAGGGUUGGUGGGAACGAGCAGCAGCAGCAGCAGCAGCAGUGGGGCCGGCAGGGAGGCGAGCAGGCGAGUGGAAACCAGCAGCUGGAGCAGCUGCGCAUGUCUCGAGGCACAGUGGCAGUGCUGACAGCACACCACCUCAUUGGCCCUGCUGCUGAUCCUUCCCAUCCUGCUGUUCCUGCUGCUAAUCCUGCUUUGCCUGCUGCUCCUGCUGCCAAUGCUGCCCCCGCAGCAGCUGAGGAGGCGAGUGGAGGGGCGGGUGAGGGGAGGCAGAUCGCCGAGUUGGAGGUAGAUGGGGACUUGCUAGUAGCAGCGAUGAGAAGCGGCGCCUCUCUACCUUCCUCCCUCACAGUCCUCUCUGUAACCCCCUCGCCAGCUGUCGCUCCCUCCUUCCUCCCCCAAGCCGUCCGCCUGGACCUUCCUUCCCUCGCAUCGGCCAGCCUGAGGGUGCUUAAGCUCUCUGGUGUUUACAUAAGUGCCAGGAGUGGUUCUGCUCUUGGGAAUGACAGCUGCUCCUGCUUCUUUCCUGACUUGAUGCUUCUGGAGUCCGAACCUCCAGGUCUUGUAUUUGGACUCGCUUCCACGCUCCUCCCCUCUUCCCGUUCUGCCUAA